AUGUUGAUACACCCUGUGGUAGUUGUUGUAGUUGUUGGUGCUGCUGUGGUUGCUGUUGUUGUUGUGGUUGUUGUUGGUACUGCUGUGGUUGUUGUUGGUGCAGCUAUGGUAGUUGUUGUAGUUGUUGGUGCAGCAGUGGUUGUUGUUGGUGCAGCUGUGGUAGUUGUUGUAGUUGUUGGUGCAGCAGUGGUUGUUGUUGGUGCUGCUGUGGUUGUUGUUGGUGCAGCUGUGGUAGUUGUUGUAGUUGUUGGUGCAGCAGUGGUUGUUGUUGGUGCAGCUGUGGUAGUUGUUGUAGUUGUUGGUGCAGCAGUGGUUGUUGUUGGUGCUGCUGUGGUUGUUGUUGGUGCAGCUGUGGUAGUUGUUGUAGUUGUUGGUGCACCUGUGCUAGUUGUUGCAGUUGUUGGUGCAGCAGUGGUUGUUGUUGUUGUUGUGGUUGUUGUUGGUGCUGCUGUGGUUGUUGUUGUUGUUGUGGUUGUUGUUGGUCCUGCUGUGGUUGUUGAUGUAUCCCUGCUUGUAUCUGAACUA